AUGGCGAUGAAAUGCUCUCGUGCAUUUCGACAUCUGCUCAUAGCCCAGAGGCGGCCUACUUCGCUGCGGAAUGCACAAAUCUCUCAGGCCAGGCAUGUUUCGUCGUCAGCGAAGACUGCUGUCUCAACACUAUGGAACAUUACGCUUGGUGCACUUGGUGGCGUUGUGGGAGCCGGCGCACAUCACUAUCUCCAAAAGAAGGAGGAUAGCGUCGAUUCCUCGUUGGAGCACGACGGCAUCAAAUAUGCUAGCCGUGCGCAAAUGCUCAAUUUUAGUCUCUCCGCUAUAUUCGCACACUCUGCUGAUCUGACAACUACCCAGGCCGCCAUGGAGAUUGCCGAUAGCUUGAAGGACGAGGAUGUAGUCAGCUACGACGAAGAUGUGAUCGAGAAUCAUGGCCAUUCCGAAUGGUCUACGUCCAGCACGAAGGAGCGGCCAGUAGCAGUAGUCUAUCCGCGAAGCACAGAAGAUGUCGUUAUGAUUGCUCGUAUUUGCAGCGAGCACAACGUACCAAUGGUGCCCUUUGGAGCUGGAUCUAGUGUGGAAGGCAACUUCUCUUCGCCAUAUUCAGGAAUCUGCAUUGACUUCACGUACAUGGACAAGAUCAUUGCCUUUCAUCCCGAGGACUUGUUGUUCAGCCUGGGGUCAACUGAGUUGAUCUGA